GGUCGAUUCGGGCAGUAACAGUCUCGGGGUGAUGUAUGAAGAUCGAUCGCCAAUGGAGUUCUGGAAUCCUGUGCUUGGGUACUCCUUAACCCACACUGACUGAAAGAACGAUGGUGAAAUUCAAGAUGUCGUGCCUUCUGGAAUGUUUUGACCACGGGAGAUGAUGCGGAGAACCAUCCCCAAACGCUGUCUCUCUAACUUGGAAAUGUGUCCUUCGGCCAUCCUGUCUCCAUCUCAAAAUAACUCUUGGUGGCGGGUCUAUUUCUUUUCAAUAAAUGUCCUGCCCCAGUGACAAAUUCCUCCCUUCCGCUCUCCUAAGGAUCUCUACGCAAAGAUGCGACUUAAUUGUCUAAUAUUAGUUUUGCUGGCAACUGCCAGCCAACUUGUUUCGUCCUGGCCUAAUGGAAAUUUCACUUAUCGAGUACCAUUCGCUCCGGGUGGCGGGUCUGCGGGUAUCGCAGAAACACAGUCAAGAUACAUCCCUCAAGCGAAGCUUUUAUACAAGUCCAUCAACAGUGGAGCUACUGCCUGGGCGGACAUGAAAAAUGAUCCCAAAGAUGGUUCAAUCAUUACUUUAAUCAACUUGCCACAUAUUUAUAUUCAACCCUACGUUCCUGAACUUCGCGCCAAUUACACGCCAGAUGACAUUGCCAUUGCCUACAUCCACACAUAUACACCAUUGGUGCUUCUCGUACCAAAACACAACAGCACUAUUCUCACUUGGUCAGACUUUGUCGCCGCAUGUAAGACCCGGCAUAUAACGGUUUCCGGUGCUGGAACCGGAACCGUUUUCGAAACUGGCUCGGGUCGUUUGCGACAAUUGGCCCGCAUCAAGUUCGAUUACCUCUCCGCCGGAACAGGUGCAACUACUGCCAUCACUGAGAUGCUCAAAGGAAAGUAUGAUGCUGCGUGGACUACCACACCUGUCGUGAAAGACCGAACAGAUGUGCGUGUACUGGCAAUUGCUUCAGAAUACGAAUUCCCCACCAUUGAUGCUCCCACUUUCCGGACUUUGGGCAUCAACUACAUUGAUGGUAUCUACCGCGGUGUUGGUCUGCCUGCAGGAACACCAGAAAGCGUCAUGAAGGAAGUUUCCAACUACUUUAAUGCAUUGAACCGCAACAAGACCUUCAUCGCUGAGGUCCAGGCAGACAACGGCGCCUUAAUGUUUAUGCCAUAUGACUCGCCUUCCUUGAACUAUUUCACUGCAACGUACCGAAAGUCUAUUUACAAUGUGCUAUUCCCUACCGACCCGAUCUCCCGUGGGUCCAUCUACGCCUUCUUUGCUUUUGGCGGCCUGGGAAUUCUGCUAUGCCUGGCAUCUGCUAUUUUCAGCUUCAUCUUCCGUAACACUCCCGUCAUCAAAGGCUCCAGUUACUUUUUCAACAACAUUAUUAUCUUUGGCAUUGUUCUGGCGUAUGCCUCGGUGAUUGUUACGAGUCUUCAAAUGCCAUUGAAGGGUGUCACUGAACGUACCCUCAGCGCUGGCUGCAAAGCCCUUCCCUGGUUGCUUGGCUUGGGCUUCGACAUAACGUUUUCGGCCAUCAUUGUCAAAUCAUACCGACUCUACAGAUUGUUCUUGUUUACUGCUUCCAAGAUUGUCCAGUUCGACGCAAGCAAUCUUGCGAUUCUGAAAUGGGUGUUUGGAAUCUGCGGCAUCAACGCCAUUGUCUACCUCGUGUGGACGGUGCAAGACCCACUCUCUGCGGAGCUAUUGAGUAUGGAUGGCGACGACACCUUUUACUACAGCUGCACUUCCGAAAACGCAUCCGCGUAUUUGGGUGUUGUGCUGUUAUUGAAAUACAUCAUGCUAUGCUGCUGCAUCUUCUUUAGCGUAAAGCUUAGGGAUCUGAACGCCAUGUUGAACGAGACCAAGGCCAUUGCCGCCGCAACAUUCUCCACCACCUUCGUCUUGACUGUUUGCUUGGCUGUAUAUGCCCUCGUGAGCAGCUUCGAGGGACGAUACAUAAUUCUGGUCGGGGGUACGACUGUCGGUGCCACAACCUGCCUAGGAGCUCUCUUCCUCCCCAAAGUUAUGGUAGCCCUCUUUAACCCCGACGCCAACACCUUUGACUACAUUCGUCGUGUUGUGAAAGGCUCCGACUUGUCUCGUGGAGCUUCCUCUGGUGGAGAAGGUGCAGCUCGAUCGGGCUCGAUUGACGCCAGAUCAACGGGACGUGGCUCAAUGGACCUUUUCACAUCGAAUCCUGUUCUCUUACACCCACCACAAAGUACAAUCAGUAAUUCAUCAAUGACGCCUAUUUACGUGCAGGAGGGGCGUGCGUUCAACCGUGAACACCGUGACCGAAUCAAUGCUCUUGCUCGUGUUAUAUGCAACACUGCCUCUGAAGGCCGUGUGAGCGAAUUCCAAAACCAUGUGGGCAAAUUGGCCCAGUUUGCCUCUCGGAUCCGCGUCAUGGCGACUGCUAAGAGCCGUGCUUUCUCUAUACCCAGCAUCAAGUCGGGGGAGCAAAUUGCUGAAGAUGUUGAUGAGCCUUAGAAGGCUGAAUUUGAGGGGUGGUGCUUCGACUUGUAAAGAUACCUUUACCUAGACUACUUGUUUUUUGUUCUCACUUAAUAGCAUUUCUCAGCGUUUUUUCCAAA